AUGAUUUUAUCUUGGAAUGUGAGGGGGUUAAAUAAAGCAGCUAAGCAAAAAGAGAUUAACUCCCGUCUCUUGAAGCUGCAGCCUAGUAUUGCUAUUUUGCUUGAAACAAGGAUCAAAAGAGAUAAAGCAGAUAGAUGCAGGAGGAAUAUGGGUAACAGAUGGCAGUUUAUUGACAAUUAUAGUAAGCAUGACAAUGGCAGGAUUUGGGUCUUAUGGGAUGAGAACAAUACUACAAUCAAGAUGGAAUCCAUGACUGACCAGAUGGUACACUGUGGGGUGUAUAAUACUGAUGGUGGCUUUGUGCACUGGCUGACUGCAAUAUAUGCAUCAAAUAAUCUUGAUAGAAGGAAGGAGUUAUGGAGAGAUAUGGGAAACAUUAGCAAGUCUCAGCAGGGACCAUGGAUUGCAAUGGGGGACUUUAAUAAUGUGCUGGGAAUGCAAGAUAGAAUAGGAGGCAGAGCAGUUCAGGAACUAGAAUUCAGGGACCUAAGAGAUAUGAUGGAGAAUGAAGGAUUGUUUGAAAUUGAGAGCAUAGGAGAAAGGUUCACAUGGUAUAACAAACAUACUAAGGACCCAAUAUAUUCAUGUAUAGACAGAGUCAUUGGCAACAUGGAAUGGAUUCAAAAGAACAUGAACAAGACUGUGCAUAUGCUAGAACCUGGGGUGUCUGAUCAUGCUGUGGUAUGUAUACAGGGUGAUGUGCUGGAGAAACCAAAGACUGGGUUUAAAUUCAUUAAUGCUGUGACAGGUAUGAUAGGGUACAAUGAGGAGGUAGCUAGAAGUUGGCAAGAGCAGAGUAGAGGGGACAAAGGAAAUAGAUUGUGGCAGAAAUUGAUGAGACUUCAACUAGUUCUUAAAAAACUCAAUAGGCCAAUCCUAAGCAUCAAGAGUCAGCUUGAGGAGAAAAGAAAUGAGCUGAAUGAGGUUCAAAAUAAGGUUAGGCAAGACAAAAUGAAUAAGGAGCUGAUUAGUAAGGAGAGAAUAUGCACUGAGGAGCUGUUAAAACUCAGUGAUUUAGAGGAGGAAGUCCUUAGACAAAGAGCAAAAGUUGACUGGAUUAGAAAGGGUGAUGGGAACAACUCAUUCUUUCACUCCACCAUCAGAAGCAGAGCUAAACAGAAGAUGAUAACCAAACUUGUAAAGGAUAAUGGAGAGAUAUGUGUGAACAAGGAAGACAUGGAAACUGAGGUGCUGGAAUUCUACACCAGCUUAAUGGGAACUGCUGCUGCCAACCUGGAGGGUGUUGAUAUUGGUGCUAUGAGAAGAGGAAAACAGUUGAAUAGAGAGAAGAGAGCCAUGCUUAGCAGUCCUGUCCAGGUCAGUGAGAUUGAGGCAGCUCUAAAGAGCAUUGGAGAUCUUAAAGCACCAUGA